AUGAGGAUUAUCAUUCUGAUAUUUUUGUUAUUCAUUGCAUAUGCUUAAGAUUAACUUAAACAAGAAGAAGCCAUCUAGAUUGUAAAAGAUCUCAAAGAUGCAACUACAAAAAGGUUAGAGUUAUUAGAAAUGACAUGGAAAAAGUAUUCAACUAAAAAAAAUGAUUAAAUUUGUGGUUUCACUGAUAUGGUUGCUGAAUAAGAAACUCAAUGCCAAUCUAGAAACAGUCAAAAUGAAUUUAUUUCUUAAUCUAUCAAUUAGUCAACUGAAACUAUUGAAACCAAUAAAUUAAAAAUUGAUAAAAAUGUUCAAAGACGUAAAAAUCUAUAAGAAUUAAAGUAAAUUUUAUUAUAUUUAUAAUAGAUGCAAAUCAAAUGUGAAUAAUAUUAAGUUACUUAAGGAUUAAAAGGAAGCCAAAACAUUAUCCAUACAAUUACAAAAAUCAUUUGCAGUAUUCAAUUAUUAGUAAAUAGUAAAGUAGUGGUGGAAGUCUUUUGGAAAUGCUGUAAAAUAAUAGUUUAUAUGAACAAUAAAAUCAAGAAGUAACAGAAUAAGAAGCACAAGUUAUUAAAUUAAUAUGUAACUUUUAUUAACAUAUUAAUAGAGGAAGCAUAUUAAGAUGAAGGAGAUGCAACAAACGUAGAUUCAUCUGAAUACAGUUCAUAAUUAUAAAUUAAGUAAAAUUAAUAAUCAUUACCUUAUUCAUCCUAAAAAUCUAUGGAAAAAAAUCGUUAUUUGAUUAUUAGUACAUCACAAGAAAUUGCAGAAAAAAUUGAUAAAGAUUAAUAGAGUAUUACUUUAAAUUCUAUCAAUUCUGUUAAUAAAAUUGAUUAAUUAUGUGGUUAAUUGGAAAAGGAAAAUGAAAUAUUAAAGAAGUUAAUAGAUAUAGAAGGAGAAAGGAAGGUAAAUUUAUUAUAAAUUUGUAGAUUGAUUUGGAUGAUCAAUUAACAAUACUUAAUGGUGAGAAUUAAGAAUGUGAUAAUAGUAAAAGAAAAAUGGAAAUAAUUGCAUUAUUGUUACAAUAAGAUUAUGAUAGAGAAUAGAUUCUAUAUAUGAAGGAAAAAGAGGCUAUACUAAAAGAAUUAGAUAUUUACACCGACUUAUUAAGAUAUUAUUUAAGAUAAAUCUACAAAUCGGAAAAUUGA